UUUUAAAAUUAUUAUUAAACACAGCCUGACAUUUAAACUUCGUCGAAAUCUUUAAAGGUCUUCAAUGAACCCCUUCUAAAUUUCAAGCUUGCUUCUUUUUUUUUUUUUUUUUCUCUUAAAUUGCAGCUGGGGCACAGUAAAAAAGAGGGAAACUUUGCAAGUUGCAAGAGCACCAACCUCAGUUACCUACUAAAUUAUUGAAUCUCCAAAACCCCAUACUUUGACCCAAAGAUGCUUAAUGGAUACAGUUAUACUUACAGUUGCAGUCCCAGUUCAAGAAAGUUAAAGCAUGAAACUCUCCAUCAUCACAUCUCGUCUCCAAGUAAGCAUCUUUCUCUUAAGUCUCCUUCUAAAGCAAGCACUUUUACUGGGUUUAAUCAAUCUCAUAACCACAACUUUGAUAAAAGUCAACAUUUUCCUUGUAACCCAACCGUGUAUAGAAGAGUUGGAUGCUCACUUUCCCCUAAGCAAAGAACCCCUCAAGAGAAAAAUAGGGUUUCUCUAGGGUUUAAGCUUCACUGUCAUUCAAAGACUCUAACUUUACCCACAAGGAAUUCUUCUUUUAAUGGUAAAAAGAAGAGGUAUGGAGGUGUUUUACCUUCAAUUUUACGGUCUUUAAAUUCUGAUAAUGAUAUUGAGAAAACUCUUAAUUCGUUUGGUGAUAAUUUGAAUCCAAAAGAACAAACUGUUAUUCUCAAAGAACAGAGGAAUUGGGAGAGAAUGGUCAGGGUUUUUGAGUUUUUCAAGUCUAGGAAAGAUUAUGUACCUAAUGUUAUUCACUACAAUAUUGUGCUUCGAGCAUUGGGUAGAGCUCAAAAAUGGGAUGAUUUAAGGCGUUGUUGGAUUGAAAUGGCAAAAAGUGGUGUUUUGCCAACGAAUAACACUUACGGGAUGCUGGUUGAUGUGUAUGGAAAGGCUGGUCUUGUUACUGAAGCACUUCUGUGGAUUAAGCAUAUGAAACUUAGAGGGCUCUUCCCUGAUGAGGUCACAAUGAAUACAGUUGUUAAAGUUUUAAAAGAUGCAGGGGAGUUUGAUAGGGCACAUAGCUUUUAUAAGGAUUGGUGCAUUGGGAAGAUUGAGUUGGAUGACCUUGAAUUAAAUUCUAUGGGUGAUAUUGAACAUGGGUCCGGAUCUGGACCAGUCAGCUUUAAGCAUUUUUUGUCAACUGAGCUUUUCAAGAUAGGUGGGAGAAUUCGGACUCCGAAAAUUGUAGGGUCAUCGGAUGCAGAAAAAAUUGUUAGGAAGCCACGUCUAACAUCUACUUAUAAUACUUUGAUUGAUUUAUAUGGAAAGGCAGGACGUCUCGGUGAUGCAGCGGAUAUCUUCUCAGAUAUGAUGAAAUCUGGGGUGGCAAUGGAUACCAUCACGUUUAAUACUAUGAUCUAUACUUGUGGAAGUCAUGGGCAUUUGUCAGAAGCAGAGACUUUGCUUAAUAAGAUGGAAGAUAGGGGAGUAUCUCCUGAUACAAGAACUUAUAACAUUUUUCUGUCCUUGUAUGCUGAUGAAGGAAACAUUGAUGCAGCCAUCAAAUGUUAUAAGAAAAUUAGGGAGGUGGGUCUUCUCCCUGAUACUGUAAGCCACCGAGCUAUUCUUCACGAAUUAUGUGAGAGAAAUAUGGUGAAAGAGGCAGAGGCUAUUAUUGAAGAAAUUGAGAAGUCUUCAAAGCAAGUUGAUGAGCAUUCUUUGCCUGGACUUGUAAAGAUGUAUAUCAACAAAGGAUUAUUUGAUAGGGCAAACGACCUUUUAAAUAAGUGCCAGUUUGGUGGUGGAUUGUCAGCAAAGACAAAUGCAGCAAUUAUAGAUGCUUAUGCUGAAAAUGGGCUUUGGGCUGAAGCCGAGGCUGUAUUUUAUAGGAAGAGGGAUUUGGUGGGACAGAAGACGGAUAUUUUGGAAUAUAAUGUUAUGAUCAAAGCUUACGGCAAGGGAAAGCUUUAUGAGAAAGCCUUUACUCUCUUUAGGAGCAUGAGGCAUCAUGGGACUUGGCCGGAUGAGUGCACAUAUAAUUCCCUAAUCCAAAUGUUCUCUGGUGCUGAUUUAAUGGAUCAAGCAAGGGACCUAUUAACUGAGAUGCAGGGUGUGGGAUUUAAACCGCAAUGUGCAACAUUCUCUUCUAUUAUUGCAUGCUAUGCUCGUCUAGGCCAGCUUUCUGAUGCAGCUGGUGUAUACCAAGAAAUGGUAAAAGUAGGGGUAAAACCUAAUGAAGUUGUAUAUGGGGCAAUAAUUAAUGGAUAUGCAGAGGAGGGAAAUGUUAAAGAAGCUCUUAAAUAUUUCCACAUGAUGGAAGAAUAUGGGAUUUCAGCAAAUCAAAUUGUUUUGACUUCCCUUAUUAAGGUUUAUAGCAAGUUGGGAUGCUUUGACAGUGCAAAACAAUUAUAUCAAAAGAUGAUGUGUUUGGAGGGUGGUCCUGAUAUUAUUGCAUCAAAUAGCAUGAUCAGUCUUUAUGCAGACCUUGGGAUGAUAUCUGAAGCAGAAUUGGUUUUCAAUAAUUUGAGAGAGAAGGGUUCAGCAGAUGGGGUUUCCUAUGCAACCAUGAUGUAUCUGUACAAGGGCAUGGGUAUGCUUGAUGAAGCCAUUGAUGUUGCAGAGGAGAUGAAACUGUCGGGUUUACUAAGGGACUCUGUGUCGUAUAAUAAGGUAAUGACAUGUUAUGCCACUAACGGUCAGUUACUUGAGUGCGGUGAGUUGCUGCACGAGAUGAUCAAGAAGAAAUUGUUUCCUGAUGGUGGGACCUUUAAAAUAUUGUUUACCGUGUUGAAGAAAGGAGGCCUUCCAACUGAAGCUGUAAUGCAGCUGGAAUCUUCCUAUCAUGAAGGAAAACCUUAUGCUAGACAAGCUGUCAUUACCUCUGUUUUCUCUCUAGUGGGUUUGCAUGCUUUGGCAAUGGAGUCCUGUAAGAUCUUCACGAAAGCUGAUAUAGCUCUUGAUUUGUUUGCCUACAAUGUUGCAAUAUUUGCUUAUGGGUCAUCAGGAGAAAUUGACAAGGCUCUAAACACAUUCAUGAAGAUGCAAGAUGAGGGCCUUGAACCGGACCUUGUUACUUCUAUCUGUCUUGUUUAUUGUUAUGGAAAAGCUGGCAUGGUUGAAGGCGUGAAGAGGAUUUAUAGCCAACUAAAAUAUAGAGACAUAAAGCCCAGUGAUUCGGCAUUCAAGGCUGUUGUAGAUGCCUAUGAAGAUGCCAACAGGCAUGACCUUGCUGAAUUGGUUAACCAAGAGCUGAGGCUUGGUUUUGAUUCUCCACGAUUUUCUGAUUCCGAUUCGGAUUCACAACAAUAUUCACAUUUUGAAGGUGAAGAUGGGUCUGAUAUGGAAGGAAAAUACUGAGAAAAAGAAGCUGACUAGGUCCUUAUUGUGUAAACUGUACAGAAACAACAAUUUGUUCAAGCAUUGAAGAUUUUGUAUGUAAUGUAUGACACAAUAGUCAAAUUGAGAAGGACAGUGAUAGAGUUUGGGUUUCAGUGGAACCCCGGAAAGUGUAGAACAUUAAUAUUCCGGUGUUAAUAUUUUAUGUUAAUACCCAUUUUAGGGAUCCUUUA